CACCACCUGACAAAUAAUUGCAUCAUGUGACAUUAAACAUUUCACGAGACAAGACACAAGCACGAGACAAGCUGCAAGAGACUCACAAAACACUAGAACCCACAAGAACUCAAGCAAGACACUAACAUGGGAAAGAAAAAGUUGAACGAGGACUGCUUCGGCGAUCUUAACUACUUUAGCGGUGUCCUCCCGUCCCAUCACAACGAAGUAGGAUGUCACAAUGUCAGCCAACAAAGGAGAAGGAUCAUCUGCGAGAUGAAAAACCUUCUCCAAAACUUGGAGUGCAUGCCAAAAUGCAACGAAUGGGACACGUCAGCAUCAACAAAGGAUACAAAUGGGCCUUACAAAUUCGGAGUGUUCCAGCAAAGGAACGGCAAACCUUGGGAUUUGCACAGACAGAAGAGCAGAGAACUUAUCGGUGGGCAGAUGACGAUGUCAUGCGCUUGCCUGAAGAAGAACGGCCUUCAAGAUGACUGCAAAAUGAGUGAAUGUCGAGGAAAGGACUGGUGCUUGACCGAACCGUGGCCUUCAUGUCCUCCGUUCACCAAAGAGCAGAAACAAUGGGUCGAACCGAAUCCAUUAGAGAUGUGUCCGAAUGUAAGAGAAGGCAAGGUUACCGCCGGUCCCGGAUGGAAUGGUCCGCUUGUCAAACCUGACGGAUCCCCCGGCGUAGGCGGACCCGAUGGUGGAAGAAUGGUCUGUUAUGCACCGGAGACGUUCUUCGUCGGGAACAACGGCUGCUGCUACAAAUUGGAGCAGAUAUCAAACCCGUGUUGCCCCCAGAUGGCCGGAACUUACUCUAUGGAGCCGUGCUAGCAAAAUGGACAGGUUGAAGACAGUGGCAGAAUCGGUUUCGAGAAAAUUUGAUAGAACAAAACGUUAGAACCUCUUAAUUCAUCCGUCAGUCCGAGAUGAACGUUCGUGUGCACUUUUUCAAUCCAUGUACAAUUAACACAAUAAAUAAGUGAUUUUAA